UUAUUUAUCUGCAGUAGCGCGCAACGAGUUUUUUUUUCCAAUCACGCCAAAUCUCGUAACCAUCGGUCUUUAAUGAUAUCUCGUCGAUGGUGUUUACCAUGUUUGUUAUUAUUCUUUUGUUAUGUAUAUGAUAAAAAAAUUUGUUUCUCUCAUGAGAUGAUAAUGAAACAGAUGAGAGUAAAACAAUUUAUAUAUGAUACAACACUGUGUGUAUUGAUAUAUUUUCAGUCGCUGUUAUGCUCAGCUGUUUUCUUGCAUUUGCUCCUUCUCCGAAAAAUAAAUCUAUAUUAUGGAUCUUCCUUAUUUUGUAUAUCUCUCUAUUUUGAGACAAUGAUCUUCCCGUAAACUGAAAUUUCUUUCGUGACAAAAAUAGAUCCGCUAAUGCAAAGAAUGUAAAAAUUUAUCACUGGAAAUUGUAGAAAAAAAACGUGGUAUUAUUUCUAAUAAAAGAAUGGAUAUCUAUUAAUGAAUAUCUAAUCUAAGAAUAGAGAUUGAGAGGAAAUUCCAGAACAGAAAGGUGGUACGUGUAGUAUUUGCUUUAUUUCUAGUAGAGAAAAUGUGUACACAAGUGCAGCUAAAAAGAGCAACCACCUGCUAUCACGUGCUGUUCCGUUUGGUUGCCAUUUUAAUAAUGACUGAUGGUAUAAACAUAGAUGGCCGUCUGUCAAUGAAUGUCAAGUUUCGUUAAGGCGUCUUUGUGAUGCUUUAUCGUGCAAUUAUGUGCCUGUAUAUUUACUUUUCACAUCUUACAUUGAGUAUAAUAAUAUGUAGCACAGUUUGCUCAAGCGUUCGUAUGUGCUAAUCAACGUUUUAAAGAAUUAUCAGUUCUAAGUGAUCAGUCUAUAUGUUGGAAUUCUGAUUGAAAAUGGCAGACGAUCCGAAUCGUGACAUUUUGCCCGUAAAAGAAGGCUCUGUCGCGGACACAAUUGUUAGUGGGAUAGAUCCUAGGGAACGUCAUCUCGUUUGCAAGCUCGAUCGCUAUCAGUUAGAGGACAAGUAUCUACGUUUACUCGAUGAGACGAACAAUCUGAAGAAAUUAUCAAAUUGCCAGGAAGACAAGAUUAAGCGGCUCGGUACAAAGUUAAUUAGACUGGCCAGUAAUCCAAGAUCGUGCGGAUUAGCGUUAGAUAUUGCCGACGAUAGAAACAAAAUGACUGCGCUCGAACUCGAAAACACUAAGUUGAAGGAGAAAAUCGCUGUGAUGAGAAAUCAAUUGUUGAGUCACACGAUAAACGGUAGAUCGUCAUCGCGCAGUCGUAAUCUCGUUAGGCCAUCGUCUUCCGGACUCGUGACGUGCCGAAGUGAGAAUAAUCGCACGAGAGUACCGUCCUGUCAGUGUAUCGUUGGAGCAGGAGACGAUGAUAACGACAUGCGAAAUUACAUCCUUAAAAUCGAGAAACUGGAGGCGCAGAAGAAAGAUAUGGCAUGUCGUAUAACAGAGUUAGAGAAAGAGCUGGCGCUUUCGACUAGUACUCAAAAGGAGAAGAUAGCGGAGAAUGUGGAAUAUAUACGAGUCUGGCGACAGAUGAAGCAAUUGAAUGAUAAACUAAUGACGGCCCAAGAGAAAAACGCCGCGCUGACCACUGAAAUUAACGACUUGAAAAAGACUCUUGAACGAACGACGAGGAAUAAUCAGGAGAUCGCAGCUGUUCUUACGUUAGAGAGGACGCGCAUAGCCGAGAUUGACCAUCAGAUGUUAAAGGCGAAAAGUUCACAACUCACGUUACGCGAGAAAGAUGAACAGAUACGGGAUUUUAUGAACGAAAUUAAGAUAUUGCAACAACAUAAUAAUGAGCUUAUUGCACUUACUUCGAAAUAUGGUCAAGUCGAAUUCGAGAAUAUAGAAUUAAGAAAAAAGCUUUCUGAAAAUACUCAGGACCAACAAUCUUUGAAAAUAGCAUUCAAUAAUGAGCAGGCUAAUAUCAUAACAUUAAAGGCAACAAAUGAGCGAUUACUCGCGAAACUUCAAGAAUUGCAGACAAACAUAGAUAUCUUAACGGUACAAGUAGCGUCUUUUCAUAAGCAAAACGGAAAGUGCGACGCUGUCAACUCAGAAAUGACACUAUCAUCGGACGUAAAGCAAUGCAUGAAAUGUUGUGAGAUGUACGACAAAAUUAUGCAGCUGGAGAAACCUGUCAGCAAUACGCGAGAAAGUUUGCAAUUGAUGGAUAAAUCGGUACAGACAAUAAUCAUCACUGCCAGCAUAAAAGAACAAAGUACAAUGACGAGAAGUGAAGAGAAAAUAAAUGAGAAGAAGACAUCGUUGCAGUCGCCGUUGAAAGAAUGGAAGACGAAUCCGGAAACAAAUGGCACGAAUGUUUUAUCCCGCGAAAAAAUAUUAAAACUGUUGGAUCAGGCGCAGAUUAACACACCUCUGGACGCGUCGAGGAUGACCCCGAAGGAAGAAUAUACGGGUAUUUUGGACAUAUCUCAGAGGCACAGUGAUGGAGAAAUAUCUUCUCGAUUACUUCGUGACGAAUCAAAUCCUGAGAGUUCACAAAAAAGGCUCGCGGAAAAUCCGAACCUAGCAUUAAAUCAAAUAUUUCUGACUCUGUACGAUGUCUUGCAAGAGUACAUAUCGUUUAGUAAUGCCGAUGAACGAACAUUUCCGAGCCAUCAAGUUUCUACGCUCAAGAAUUCGUUAAUUGAUGCUAACAACAACAAUCUUUCUGUGAUAACUACUCGUGGUAUUAAGCAAAACUGUCUUUGCUCAGAUGCAGCGGUAAAUUUCGAUUCUGAUUAUCGUUGUACGAGCUGUGCUCCUCAACGAAGUGCCGUUGAUACCAAGGAUAGCAGGAAUUUCACUUGUGAAAAGAAAUCUGCAACUGUCUUAAUGAAAGAUACUGGUUCAUCGAUGAAAGGUCCGCUUGACGUUGAUUUCUUUCCUUUGAUUCAUGAGAAGUACAGGAAAUCAUACCGCGAUAUCAGUAAAGACUUCUACGCAGAAAAGACUGUAAAGAAAUUGAAGAGAUUAAAGACGCCGCACUACUCUAGAUGUAAUUUAACGUGCCAUUUGCGCAAAGCGAAGGAUCCGCUGGAAGAGGAGCAGAACUUACCCUGUAGAAUCGAAUGUCUAAAUGAUAGUAUGAAAUUACCAGUAUGCCCGACGGAAUGCUUUCCUCUAUUAAUUACCGAUAGGCAAGGUCUCAUCGAGAUUCACAUUUCGCGACUGCAACUUUCUACAUCGGUCGCGAAAAUUCCAGAAGAAGAAGACAUAUGUAAUCUUCAUAUUUACAUAAGCUGGGAUAUUUGGGGCGAAAAGACUGCUUACACGCCGAAAAUGAAGUGUCCCAAUCUGAUCUUCAACUCGUCCUCCGUGUAUCGCAUAGCGGAUCUUUUUUCCUUCUUCAAGAAUGUACUGUCGGAAUACCUGGUUUUCCGAGUGAACAUUGUUCGUCGAAACGACACCAGCUCUACGCUCGCCCGUGCGAAAGUGUCCAUCAAGGAUAUCCUGGAUUAUCCGCAGAACAAGUUACAUUACGUUGUACCUGUGAACAGCGUCAUUUCUUGCUUCUUCGGAGUCAAUUUUGGUCAGCUAUCGCUCUGGGUCCGAUUGAGCUGCAACGUCGACAUGGUCGAAGCCUUUAAAAAGCAAUGCGGCAUAACAUCACUGCGAGACGUUUUUCCGGAACCUUUGAUAAGAAAGGACAUGAUUGGCAUGCCGGAGAAAAGUUUUGUUCCUUCGGUCGACGAGACGACGGUCGAAGAUACACGUCCAAAGGAUGAAGAUCUAAAGGAUAGCACGAUACACAAAGAGACAAAGGAAUUACAUAUUCGAUCGCCCUUAGACAUAACCGCAGAUUAUGACACUGAAAACUCGGAAGAUGAUAAUUAUUUCAACUCGAAUAAUGAAGAUCUCAAUUUUCCCCGCAAUGACGAGAGCAAAAAAUCCGAAGAGGAUAGAACUGCAACAAGAUCUCCAGAUUCCGACGCACUUACGGAUAGCAAUAACGAGAGGCAGAGAAGCAACGAUCUGAGGGAUUCACCGAGCAUGAAGGAAUUUAGGACUUUAAUGGAGAAUCACCUCGAAAAAGAUACAAUAACCAUAGAAAUAGUGAGCAUACAGCUUCUGGACGAAAGCUUUGUCAUGCAAGAUGAUGAGAUACAUUUGCUUUAUGUGGAAUAUUCCUUCCUCGGACAUUGCGGCGAAGAUAUGGAAACCGUUUCCGUGACAAAGCCGAAAACAGCUAAUCAAGAAAUAUUCUACAAUUUUAAAAGAACAUUUCGAAUAGACGAAAAGACACAUCCUGUAGAGAGAAAUAGUUUACGCUCCAUGUUGGCUGAAUCUACAAGUCCAAAUGUCAAAUUUAUUAUCAUUAGCGAACCAUUACCCGAGGAAACAGAUAUUAAGGAUUGCGAAGAGAUUGGUUAUGCAAUUUUUAAUAUAAAACAAUACGCACUUGGUGAUGGCAGCGAAUAUGUAUCAUUGCCAAUCAAAGAUGAUCGAAAUAGACAAAUUGGUACACUGAAGAUCGUUGUGUCGGGUUUUGAUGUCAUUCAACAAUGUUUAUCGGAUAUUAAAGCAGUUAACAACGAUUAGUAUAGCAAUGUGGCAAACGGAUGUUAUAUAAGCAUCUCGAUUAUUUACAUCUAAUUAAAGUUCGCGCGCACACACACAUUCGCAAAAGAUCAAUGUUUUGUCUGAAUUAGUCAAGAAAAUUAAACCUCUAAUCAAAUUUACAAAUAA